GAACACCUGCGGGAGAGGAGGGGCGGGGUCACCCUGGGCAGCAGAUCCGCGCUGGGGGGGAUACCCCAGGAGAUGGGGGUCGAGGAAAGACCCCAGAGAGUAGAGAGAGGGAGACUCACUCCCCCCAUCCCGGACCCGCCCCAAAGGAGGUUAUAAUAUAACUUAUCUUCUCAUGCUUUUUCCCUGUCCCUUCUCCCCAAAUCAUCAGCAAUAGAAAAAGAAGAAGAAAACAUGUCAGGACACAAAUGCAGUUAUCCCUGGGACUUACAGGAUCGCUAUGGUCAGGAUAAGUCCGUUGUAAAUAAGAUGCAGCAGAAGUAUUGGGAGACAAAGCAGGCCUUUAUUAAAGCCACAGGGAAGAAGGAAGAUGAGCAUGUCGUUGCCUCUGAUGCAGAUCUGGAUGCCAAGUUGGAGCUGUUUCACUCGAUUCAGAGAACCUGUUUGGACUUGUCUAAAGCAAUUGUACUCUAUCAAAAGAGAAUAUGUUUCUUGUCUCAAGAAGAGAAUGAACUGGGAAAAUUCCUUCGAUCACAAGGCUUCCAAGAUAAAACCAGAGCAGGAAAAAUGAUGCAAGCGACAGGAAAGGCCCUCUGCUUUUCUUCCCAGCAAAGAUUGGCCUUGCGCAAUCCUUUGUGUCGAUUUCACCAAGAAGUGGAGACUUUUCGGCAUCGGGCCAUCUCUGACACCUGGCUGACGGUGAACCGCAUGGAACAGUGCCGGACUGAAUACAGAGGGGCAUUAUUAUGGAUGAAGGAUGUGUCACAGGAGCUUGAUCCAGACCUCUACAAGCAAAUGGAGAAGUUUAGGAAGGUACAAACACAGGUUCGUCUUGCAAAAAAAAGCUUUGACAAAUUGAAGAUGGAUGUGUGUCAAAAAGUGGAUCUUCUUGGAGCAAGCAGAUGCAAUCUCUUGUCUCAUAUGCUAGCAACAUACCAGACCACCCUGCUUCAUUUUUGGGAGAAAACUUCUCAUACUAUGGCAGCCAUCCAUGAGAGCUUCAAAGGUUAUCAGCCCUAUGAAUUCACUACUUUAAAGAGCUUACAGGACCCUGUGAAAAAACUGGUUGAGAAAGAAGAAAGGAAGAAGAUCACCCAGCAGGAAAGUAUGGAGGCUGCAGCGGAAGAGCCAAGUCAGUUAAUUUCAUUAGAGGAUGAAAACCAGCACAAGGAAUCUUCUAGUUUUAAUACUGAAGAUGGGAAAAGUGUAUUAUCUGCCUUAGACAAAAGUUCUACAUAUACUGUAUGCUCAGAUGAACUCUUAGACAUGAAACCUGAGGAAGGCGCUUGCCUCGGCCCAAUGGCAGGGACUCCGGACCCUGAAGGUGCUGACAAAGAUGACCUGCUGCUGCUGAAUGAAAUCUUCAACGCUUCCUCCCUGGAAGAGGGCGAGUUCAGCAAAGAGUGGGCUGCUGUGUUUGGCGAUGGUCGACUAAAGGAGGCGGCGCCCACCGGGUCCCCAGGAGAAUCAGACCCCAAACCCCACAUGGGCUCGGGAUUCCUCCCUUCACAGCUUCUAGACCAAAAUAUGAAAGACUUACAGGCCUCGCUCCAAGAGCCUGCCAAGGCUGCCUCAGACCUGACUGCCUGGUUCAGCCUCUUCGCCGACCUUGACCCAUUAUCAAAUCCUGACGCUGUGGGGAAAACCGAUAAAGAACAUGAAUUGCUCAAUGCAUGAAUCUGCAGCCUUUGGGAGGGAGCCCCCUGCCGCCCCGCUGACAGCCCGGCUGUGCACAGGCGUGUGGAGCCACCAGUGUGCUGUUUUAAUAUUUCCGUGCCAUUUUAAUAAACGCAAGGGUCAAAGGCCCUGUUUAUAUUGGUAUAUCAUUUACUCUUAUUUGGUAUAAAGGGUUUAAAGGGUUUAGCGUGUUCUCUAUCUAAACAAUACAGAAUUGUCUAAGAGUGGUUUCCAGACCAGCCGCUCUCCUGCCGACAUCCGCGUCUUGACUGCUGAUGAGUCACUGGGCUGCUGUGAAUUCAAAACGUAAACCUACUUUGUGUUAGGUUUGAAUAACAUGUCCUACAACCUAAGAGACAGCAGGGGGCUAACAGAGUUGAACGCCUCCUCUGUACCCCCUGACUCCGUCAAGCCCCCUUCCAGUGAACUCUGGACGAAGCUCCAGCCAACCAAAGACACUGUGCCCCAGCCUUGCUCGGUGGGCUGUGUGUCUGCACAGGGAGGAGAAGUGGACUUGUCUCUGCUGCACGAACCUUUCUCUGGAAAGCAGCCAUACCUGCAGAUACUGGUGUCUCCUUCUGUCCUUCCCCUGGCUGGAAUUCAAAAGCAUGUAUCUCUGGAGCCUCUUGUGAUAUGGACUUUGUUUUGCUUUUUUAAAAAAAAAAAUUAAAUGGAAAAGAUAUUUG